AUGAGUGACGAGAAAAUAGAUAAUAGUGAUGUUGUCAAUGACAUCUACACAAGCAACAACGAUAAUAUUGAAACCUCAUCAUCGUCCACAGCAGAAACAACAACUACUGUCAAUCAAACAGAUAUUAGCAGCACUUCAAACAGAGACAAAGAGGAGUACACUCUUGAACAUCACACAGAUGACGACAGUGAGAAGCAUGAUGAGGAGGACGAUGAACAUCUAAGAGAUAGGAACCACAAGCACGCAACAUCAUCAUCAACUGCUGCCUCCAACAACAGCAGCAGCAGUAGCACUGGUACAAGCACGAAUGGAAACGAUGGAAGAUCACACAUUGUCCCUCCUCCCAUCGUCAAACAGUCGCACAUGUUAGACUCCACCCCAAAUGUAGCUAUAAAGAGAAAGCUGGAUGGUGAAGAGAGCAGCGUUGGCGGUGGCGGUGUGGGUGUAGGCAACAACAACAGUGGCGAUGUCAAUGGAAGUGGCGGCAGCAGCAGUGGCAGUAGUGGUUAUGGUGCAGGCGGAAAUGGAACGUUGUUAACUGCUCAGACCGGUACUAAUCAAGCACAACAAUACAAUAAUCAACACUAUAACGCAAAUAGCUACACCAACUAUCAGGAUUAUUACAAAAGACGCGUCCAACUACUGUUUGCUAUCGUUGCGGAGUGCUACAAGUGCGGUGAUACAGGUCAUAUCCAAAGGAACUGUACCAAUCCAAACGCCAGCAAUGAAUAUGAUCCAGAAAGAUCACAACAAGCAAGACCUGGAGCACCAUGUUAUGCAUGUGGAAGAGAGGGACACCUCGCCAAGGAGUGCGACGUGUGCUUCAGUUGCAAGCAGCCAGGACACAAGUUCAAGGAGUGCGAUGUGUGUCACAGCUGUGGAGAGAGAGGCCACAAGUCUAGAGAGUGUCAGAUGUGUUUCAGUUGCAGGAGGACAGGUCACAAGUCAUUCGAAUGUCCGACACGUGGUGGAAAUCCAUCGUCAUCUGGUGCACCUAUUGGCCAGAUGCCACCACAGAACAACAACCACAACCACAACAACAACAACAACAACAACAACAUGAUGGCCAACGCCUACAACUACUACCCACAAAUGUCUUAUGACCAGCAGUAUAACAACAAUGCACCAGGUUACUACUACAACCCCUAUGGCUACUAUUCAUAA